AUGCCGAAGAAAGCCAUCGACUCCCGUAUUCCGGCCUUGAUCCGCAAUGGCGCCCAGGAAAAGAAGCGCAGCUUCUUCGUAGUUGUCGGUGAUCGCCAAAAAGACGUCAUUGUCAACCUCUACCACAUUCUACUCAACGUGGAUGUCAAGUUGAACAAGUCGGUGCUGUGGGCAUACAAGAACAAGCUGCUAGGCUUCUCAAGUCACCGAAAGAAGCGUGAAAAGAAGAUCAAGAACGAGAUCAAGCGCGGAAUCCGAGACGUCGACACCGAAGAUCCAUUCGAACUAUUCGUCUCGACGCAGAACAUCCGAUAUGUCUACUAUAAGGAAACCGAGAAGAUUCUGGGUAACACAUACGGCAUGUGUAUCCUGCAGGACUUCGAAGCGCUUACGCCAAACCUACUCGCAAGGACAAUAGAGACUGUCGAAGGUGGAGGAUUGGUCAUAUUGCUGCUAAAGGGCAUGAGCAGCUUAAAGCAGCUAUACACAAUGUCCAUGGACAUUCAUUCAAGAUAUCGGACGGAGGCUCACAGCGAUGUCGUAGCGCGAUUCAACGAGCGCUUCUUAUUGUCACUCGGAAAGUGCGAUAGUUGUUUGGUCGUCGACGAUGAGCUGAACGUGCUCCCCAUUUCAGGUGGAAAGCAUGUUAAGCAGUUGCCGCCACCAGACGCAGAGUUGGAGGGCAAGACACCGAAGGCGAAAGAGUUGGCCGAGAUCAAGGAGUCGUUGGCAGACUCGCCUCCGACAGGAGACCUAGUCAAGCUUGCGAAGACCGUAGACCAGGCGAAGGCGUUGUUGACAUUCGUGGAGGCCAUUGUCGAGAAGACGCUUCGCAGCACCGUGACCCUGACCGCAGCUCGUGGACGCGGAAAGUCAGCAGCUCUUGGUGUUGCAGUGGCAGCAGCAGUAGCGCAUGGAUACAGCAAUAUUUACAUCACAUCGCCCAGCCCAGAGAACCUGAAGACACUCUUCGAGUUUAUCCUCAAGGGAUUUGAUUCGCUAAACUACGCAGAUCAUCAAGAUUACACCAUCAUGCAGUCUACACAGCCCGAUCAGAACAAAGCCAUCGUACGAAUCGAAUUACAUCGACAACACCGACAGGUCAUCCAAUACAUCAGGCCCGAAGACUCGCACGUCCUAGGACAAGCAGAGCUGUUGGUAAUUGAUGAGGCCGCGGCAAUCCCUCUGCCACUCGUACGGAAACUCAUGGGUCCAUACCUUGUCUUCAUGGCAUCGACCAUCAACGGAUACGAAGGAACUGGCCGUUCCCUCUCCUUGAAGCUUAUACAGCAACUUCGCGAACAGUCGCGAGGCAAAGGCAACAGUGGCUCAACGCAUGUGGUGGAUCGCUCGACUGGAAAGGAAACAAAGGACGGCACUGAGACAUCCAUGACCGGCCGAUCGCUCCGAGAAAUUACACUGUCAGAGCCUAUUCGAUAUGCUCAAGGCGAUUCUGUGGAGCGAUGGAUGAACGAUCUUCUAUGUCUUGAUGCAACACUGCCCCGAAGAUCGAUCACUCAAGGAUGCCCGCACCCAGAUAAAUGCCAGCUUCUUCAUGUCAACCGGGAUACACUCUUCUCCUACAAUCCUGCUGCAGAGAAGUUCCUCCAGAAGAUGAUGGCGUUGUACGUAGCUAGUCACUACAAGAAUACGCCCAACGACCUCCAGCUCAUGUCGGAUGCGCCUGCGCAUCAGCUCUUCGUGCUUACCGGGCCCACAGAAGAGAACAAGCUCCCUGAGCCUCUCUGUGUGAUUCAAGUAGCGCUAGAAGGUCAAAUCAGCAGGGAAAGCGUGCUGAACAGUCUGAGUAGAGGACAACGCGCAGGCGGUGAUCUCAUCCCUUGGAUCGUUUCACAGCAAUUCCAAGACGAAAACUUCGCAAGUCUCUCCGGAGCUCGUAUUGUGCGGAUAGCAACGAACCCUGAGUAUGUCAACAUGGGUUACGGAUCAAAGGCGCUACAGCUUCUUGUCGACUUCUACGACGGCAAACUUGCUAGCUUGUCGGAAACUGAGCCUCAGGUGGUGGAACAGAUGCGAAGAGUGACGGAGGAAGACUUGGAGAACGCAUCGCUCCUCCAGGACAACGUCAAGAUUCGGGAAGCCAAUGAAAUGCCACCGCUGUUUGCUCGAUUACAAGAGCUGAGGUCACCAAAGCUCGACUAUGUUGGUGUUUCGUAUGGCCUUACGUCCCAACUCCACAAGUUCUGGAAACGUGCAUCAUUCGUUCCUGUCUACCUAAGGCAAACAGCCAACGAUCUCACUGGAGAACAUACGUGUAUCAUGCUGCGUUCGCUCGAGACUACUUCGUCGGAUGGAAGCUGGGUUGCCGCUUUCGCUAAGGACUUCCAGAAGCGCUUCCUCUCCCUCCUUUCCUACCAAUUCCGCUCAUUCCCUUCCAUCACCUCUCUUUCAAUAGAGGAAUCAGCAUCAGCAGGAUCUAAGCUAGACGCCGAUCUUGCUGCGAAACCCAUCAGCAAAGCCGAACUAGACGCCCUCUUCACACCCUUCGAUCUCAAGCGUCUGGAUUCGUACGCGAACAACAUGCUCGACUACCAUGUCAUCCUCGAUAUGCUUCCUCCCAUCGCCACACUCUAUUUCACCGGCCGUCUUAAGGGCCAAGUCAAGCUAAGCGGUGUCCAGACGGCACUGCUCCUCGCCAUCGGUCUGCAACGCAAAGAGUUCUCGGACGUUGAGAAGGAACUCAACCUCAACUCCAGCCAGCUGAUGGCCAUGUUCGUCAAGAUUGUACGAAAGGCCGCCACAGCAUUCCGCAGUAUCGUAGAAGGCGCUGUUGAGGAGACGAUGCCCGACGCUAUGGAAGUAGAGGAAAACGGCGCUGAUGGCGGGGCCGUUGAUGACGCCCACCGCUUCAUGCCUCUCGAGAAAGAUUUACAGGAGGAACUUAGGGAAGGCGGUGAUGAGUUCCUGGCCGAGGACAAGGAGAGGCAGAGAAGUAUGAUUGAUGCUCUACCUCUGCAUAAAUACGAAAUUGGUGCCGGAGCCGCUGAUUGGGAAGAAGCCGAACGCACUAUUCAGAAUGCAGCCAAGAAGGGCGGAGCGGGUAGCAUGACCGUUGCUGUCAAGACAGGGGAGAAGAAGAGGAAAGUCGGUGAGGCGGUUGAGGAGGCGUACAAGGAGGCUGAGAAGUUCAAGGAGGGUGCUGCAAAGAAGAGUAAGAAGCACAAGUCUGGUAAGAAGGCUUGA